AUGAAUUGUGCCACGUGCAAAGUGAAUAAAAUAGGUCCGAAGACCACUCCAUUCGGAGGCUAUCUGUGCGGUAAUGAGCAUAUGCAAUGCGUGGAUUGCAAUGAUCGCACCGAUGGCCAGUGCGGUAUUUGUGAGGAGCACACCUUCUUUGUUCAGAUGAACUUCAAUCACCGCAACAGGAACACAUCGCCCAUGACCCGAAAUUUUCCUAUCUCUGGGCAGAUGCCCACAGCACCAAGUAUAGACGUGAAAAGCCAUCCAGUUACUACUGCUACACUUGAAUCAGCCUCAUCAUGCAUUUUUCCGAAAGCAUUCUUCAACGACAUGGAGACCCAGUCUAGUAUUUCGCAGGAGCAGUUGAGUAUGCAUGAGUCGCAUGAUUCCAUGAGCGAAGACCAAAGUGAAACGGAUGAUGUGCAAAUUUUGCCUUCACAAUAUCGAGCGCCAACACCAAGUCACACUUUUGAUGGUAUCCCAACUGCAACAGCGACGGGGGCUGCCACCGGCACAGCUGCUGCAUCGUUGUCUCCUUCCUACACACCAAUGUCUUUGUCCAUGUCGAUACCCAUGUCUAUGAAUCAGUACCUACCAAACGCACAGGAGCGUAUUCAAAUGGAUACGUUAUUCUUCGGCAGUAAUCAUCAACCACAGUCGGCUUCGAAUUUCACAUUUCAAUUUCUAACUGAAAACGGUUUCAUGCGCCUAAUGCAGGCGCGCGAUUCAUUGGAAGUUAUAGAAGCACCUAAAAGCAUACAACUAACAACUGAGCAUACAAAUCUCUGCGGCACUUCGUGUGACGGUGCCUGUGGACCUGGUGUGGAGAGAACGAAAGAAAGUGUGGGGGCUGACGAGACGGAGGACGUAAUACAUACUUCAGAGAUCCGUUUUAUGGAGUCAACUGAAAGUAUGAAAAACUACUUCUCCGGUGGUACAAUCCAUCCUAUUAUAAAAACAAAGCACGAGCCUCUCAGUACGAGCACCACGACGCAUAGUCGAAACUAUGAAUCUCAAGAAUCUUUAUCUACGAAGAAGUUGCACGAUUUCGAGUCGCGCAAUACAGCACAGCCCGCUGAGCUGGUAGAGAGUUAUCUCCGCACUUACGGACCACUUGCGCUAUGUCAGUUUCCAGCCUAUUCAUUCAGCCAUAGUUGUCAAGAAAGUGCCUGUGAGCCUGCAGAUGGCUUACAUAAUCGCCGCCAACCCAUUCAAACAGCUACUGCUUCGGUAUCCACUGAAUCGGAACCAACUCUGGCCAGCACCAAGAAAACGGAAUUUCCUGCCAAGUACUUGCCGCCUGAUUAUUUUGUAAUGCAAGCAGUUGGCGUAGCGGCACCUACACCUGACACCAUACCAAAUCCGGACAAGAUAGCACGCCCUAGUAUUGAUUUGCGCAUGCAGAAGGUAUUAGAGACAUUCCAAGAGAACCCGCGCACCCUGACUGUAAGUGAAAAGCCCAUAAUUGACCAAUCGAAGAAGUAUUUUAAGAUAAUGGAUCAAUUGGAGCUACCUGCAUUAGUUGAACCAACAAUGCCUUUGAUUAAUGGAAAACACCUGGACCAAACGUGCUCAUGCGAACUGCCUGCCGAGAAACCGAGCAUUGAUAUCAUGGCACAGCUCUCGAACACGCAUCGCGCCUUUUACAAUCCACCUAUAGGCCAGCCACUCAGUGGUGUGACCCACCAAUCGAACAAUUUUCCAUGUUCCGAGCCACCUCCUCAAUUCCAACUCGUCACUUGCUCCAACAUUAUGGAAUCGGAGCUUCUGCACGCCAAGGGCCGACUUAUUAAUUUAAAACCGACACCCGCCUACCACCUGACCAUCCCUCGAUCGCCCAUCAAGUGUCCUGAGUCAUCGUGUCAACGCAUGAUCUUCGUUUCCGACUUUAAUAAGCAUUUGAUAGUUGAUCACAGCAUGUUGCCCAUGGAGCGCAUAGCGCCACGCCAGUGCAAAAAUUUCUUUCUCGACCCGAAGUUGGCUCAUUGCGGCAAUAGCAAAUGCCACUUACUCUACCUGAUACGCGACAAAAUUACCGAUCUCGGAAGCAGCAAAUUCAAAGAUUUUCUGCCAUUGUUAGUGAUGAGUACGCGUAUUCGGCUCUCGGAUUUGUGUGGUAUUGACGCACACGAGUAUCCGAAUUUCUGGGAGAGUGAAGCUAAUACCGAGUACUUGAUGAUAUGGUUGACCGGCAUUGUGCCAGAAGAGUUCCACGUCGCAGUCAGUUUAACGGUGUGGUCACGGUCGGGUCAUGUGCCCGUUUGUCACAUGGUGCAUUCGGGUGAGAUGUAUUCGGUGCGGCGUUCGCAAGAAGUCAAAGAUGUCUGUCACAGCGGCCAAAUGCUGUUGUUGUCCGCUUCCGAAAUGCAGUUACUUACAAACUGCGGCAAAGAAAUGCUCGAACUGCAAAUUGUCGUUCAUUAG